AUGCAUGAACGGGCACCGUCGAUUGCCUUGUCGCUGCUCUUCAGCGUCGCUGUUUCCCUCACUAUGGUGCUGGUGAUUUUAUGCAUGAAGCUCAACCGGCGUUUGACCCUGGAGCGGCAGCGCAGAAGGGUUCAGCGGAGGGAGCUACUUCAACUGACGCAGAACAUGCAGGAACAGGAGGUUUGGAGGCGCGAGCACCUUUUCCGCGUCGUCUCCAUCCUGCUCAGUAGGGGCGAGGUGCACAGGGGGAUCCCGCUCGUCAUGCAUCUCCCGGGCCACGGCAACCGGUUGGUGGAGAGUAAUGUGCGGGGGCUGCGUUCCCAACUCCUGCGGCAGAUGGACGGCACAUUGGCGAGUAUUCCAAACAUUGUGAUGCGCGCGCAGGCGAGCGAUACGCUGUCACCCGAGGCGCUGCCGGGGCACGACCUGCGGCAGCUGGUUGUACUGUGGCUCACGCGCCAGCGGGCUUCCGCGGAAACAGAUGCCGAGCACAGUUCCUCCAGCUUGUCGGCGCCAGCCAGUAGCAGCACCGCGGAGACACUGCCUGGCCCAGAGACGGUGUACGGGGUUUGCGUUCCCUACCUUCCCCGCAGCUGCCUCGACGGCGAUAUGAUGAUUGAUAUUUUGGACGAGGGCCAUAACUCCGAUGGAAACCCUCGCGGAAGUGACGGCGUGGUGCCAGGCCCGCACACGCAGCAGUUACUCUCCUUUGAGGAGGUGACGCCCGUGCAUUGGAUAGGGGAGGUGUCCUCUACCACCUCUGUUACCUUCAUCAGCUAA